UCUCCGUGUGUGCUGUGGGAGCUGGGACAUUUUGUCUAUGAAGGUGAAGUAGUCCCUACGUUUCGUUAUCAACAGCGACAGAGCGCCACGCUGCUGAUAGGCUGGCGUUUAACCUCUCCGAACGUCAACCAGACAGACGUAAGGACGUCAAACUUGAUUAGUUUAGCGUUUAAGUAAUGAGAGAUAAACACGUCCUCCCUUCAUGCUUACUUUCAACAAAGAAGAAGUUAUGGAUAUUUGCGACGGGAAGAAGAGGAGACAGGUAAGCGGCGGCGUGCGGGGCUGCAGGCGGAGCGUGUCCGUGAAGAUGAAGCGGGAAGUGGGCAAAGUCCUUCGCUCCCUGACGGUAGAGGAUAACAAUUGUACGGAGCCCAUGGAGGAGGAGGAGGAGGAGGACGACUGCUUCUCCAUUAGUUUCCUCCGGAACGACCGGCUGGAGCCCGCCGUGUCGGUGUCUCCGCGCUACAGCCUGAUGCGCGAGGUCGGCCGGGGGAGCUACGGAGUGGUUUACGAGGCCGUAGCCCGGAAAACGGGGGCCAGGGUGGCGGUGAAGAGGCUCCAGUGCGACGCCCCGGAAAACGUAGAGCUGGCGCUGGCCGAGUUCUGGGCUCUGACGAGUCUGGAGAACCGACACCAGAAUGUGGUCCAGCUGGAGGAGUGCGUCCUGCAGAAGAAGGGCCUGGCGCAGAAGAUGAGCCACGGAAACAAGCGGUCCAAGCAAUACCUGCGCCUGGUGGAGACCUCCCUCAAAGGGGAGCGCAUCCUGGGUCACCCAGAGGAGCCGUGCUACCUCUGGUUCGUCAUGGAGUUCUGUGAGGGCGGGGACCUCAACCAGUACAUCUUGUCCCGCCGGCCCGACCCCCAGACCAACCGGAGCUUUAUGCGCCAGUUGACGAGCGCCGUGGCUUUCCUGCACAAGAACAACAUCGUCCACCGGGACCUGAAGCCGGACAACAUCCUCAUCUCGCAGAAAUCCGGCUCGCCCGUUCUCAAAGUGGCCGACUUCGGCCUCAGUAAAGUUUGCGCGGGCCUCAACUCCAAGAACAGCGAAGAACGCCCCGCGGCGGGCGGCAGAGGCAGCAACCAGAACAACAUCAUCAAUAUCAACAAGUUCUGGUUGUCGUCGGCCUGCGGCUCAGACUUCUUCAUGGCCCCCGAGGUGUGGGAGGGCCACUACACAGCCAAGGCCGACAUCUUCGCGCUGGGCAUCAUCAUCUGGGCGAUGAUCGAGCGGAUCACCUUCAUCGACGCAGAGUCCAAGCGCGAACUGCUGGGCACCUACAUACGGCAGGGCACAGAGAUUGUCCCUGUCGGGGAGGCUCUGUUGGAGAACCCCAAGAUGGUUCUCCACAUCCCUCAGAAGGCCAGGAGCUCCAUGUCCGAGGGGGUGAAGAAACUCCUCCAGGACAUGCUUGCAGUCAACCCUCAGGACCGACCAGACGCCUUCCAGCUGGAGGUGCGGAUGGACCAAGUCACGUGUGCUGCGUGACGACGCCCACCUUCCCAAGACCUCUCCCCAUUUUACCCUAACCAGUCAAAGAAGGGACACCUUUCCUUCCCAGUCUAGAGCCUUCCAUCACCCGGCACUGUCCAGGAAACCCCGUCAUCCCACGGUGCUCUGGAAUAACAUGGAUCCUCAUCUGUUCCACUCCGCCUUCCCCAUUCAUUCUGCUGUGUUGGACCUAAUGGGCUGUAAGCUCUUUACACCGUGGUAAUCUCCUCACAGUGUGAGCACCAUCUAUAACAGCCUGAGCAUCGCAUCCCACUGCUGGCGCCGUACGUGGUCAUAUUUGGGCCUCGCAGUGGAUCGUCUUUCUUUACUCUGGUACACUGUUGUAUUGACAGUUCAUAACAUUCGAAUGGUUGCACCACAGCUGACGGGGUUCAGUUUGACCUGUAAAUAAUAGAUGUAAAGAGACGCGGGCCGCAUCUGUUGCAGGGGCCAGAGAUUGGCCCUCCUCCCUCUGAUAUUACUUUAGGGUUUCAUGCAUUCGCUCCGUCACCGCUGCUAGCAACUGUGCGCUCUUUCCCGAGACAUAAGAACUUCAAGAUGGUAGGAUUACCCGCGGCGCACAGAUGGUGGAACAAACAAACAGAGAAACAAACCUUUAGCCAAUGUGGGGCUCGGCCUUGGAACAGAUUUCUCCUUGUUCACGUUUAGUUUGUAUUUUGAAACCGUACAGAACCAGAACCUCUCAUUUGUUCAAUUUCUCUGUUCUCGAGACUUUAUAGAAAGAAAGUAUUCAGUAUUUAGACAAAUAUUUUCAGUGUGACUGGUGUUAUUCUAGACUCUUUUAAUGGCAGCUCCGUUUUACUAGAAAGCGUAAAUCCUGAAAGUCAUUUCAACGCUUGAAAAGUUUAAUUGUUGGUUUUGUCCACUGGUUACUUCCACCAAGGAGGUUGCGUUUUUGGCCCGGUUCGUCUGUCAGCAGUGCUGACAAUGUUAACCCGGGGAGGGGGAACCGGAGCGUUGGUUCAGCCACCGAUGAUUGGGAGGCCGUUAUCAGAGCGCAGUGCAGAGCAGCUGUCAUUAGCUAUAUCCUAUAUAUCUCAUAUAUUUUAAUUCUCUGAAUGACGCACAUAAAACCUUUAGCAUUGUGAGAUCAGGUCUGCGCUCUCCGAGUGCCCUUCUAGUUAUUAAGGGUGAUGACCAUAUUGCACAACCUCUGCAUUUGCUGGGAAUGCUUUGUCAGUUUUUGCAUUAAGAUGAACUGGGAGGCACACACCUAAACUUACAAAAUGAAGCGUUUAAACAUGAACAUCAGCCAAGAGGAAUGUAUUGCUUUGCUGCACAGCCCAUAAAACCACCCGGGGCUCGUAAAACGGCAACACGCUCCUUCUCCUCUCCAACUGGUUAUUAUAGAGAGCUGUGAGAAACCAGCCCCCACCACUUCCCCAAAGAUACCGGUCUCUGCUGGUUUUUUAACGAGGUAGUAGUUUUAGGUUAUGCAACGGCAAAUGGCUGGCAGGCUGGCUGAGGAGGCAGCAGGCCUCAGUUUGUCCAGGAUCUGCAGGGCGACGACGUUCACCUUGUUUUCUUUGUCCUGCUUAUUCAUGUAGCAGUAAUAUCUCCCACGGGGAAAUAAGCAGAAAAAUGAUAUGUUGACUUGAGAAAGGGUUCGACCAGAACCCUUUACAUGUCUUUAGACUACAUACCGUAUGGACUAGUUGGCACACUGGAGCUAUUAUGUAUUGAAAAUGUAAUGAACAGCUGCCCCUACUCUGUGUGUUUCUCUGUGCCUGUUGUCCAUCGGCAGCCAUGCUCAGCCGUCUCCACUUUUAGAGCCCCGUGGUUGCAAUAGAAAUGCUAUUAAAUUCUGUGUUGUGCACCUUUAAUUUCGUGUAUGUGUAUAUGUAUAUGACAAUAAAAAUGGUUUCUUCUUUUCUUCUAAAUGUUCCAGGUGUGACAGUUUGGGUUUGUGCGCACUUGGAAGUCCCAGACUAGCAUUUGACUAAUAAUCAUAGGAGCAUCAUCAUAAUAAAACUGUCUCAUGUAAACACCUCGAGCAGAAAAAACAAAUGUUCCUUCUGUCUACAAACCUGUCAGUCUAUUCAGCAGAUGAACGUUUGUCAUGCAAACGCUCCUUCAGAGUUCUUUGUUUUAAGCGUUUGCUUGCGUUUUCAACCACAUGCCCGUUAGUAGUUAUUAAGAGCUUCCAGAUCAUAGCGGCUUGCUUCCUCCUGUUUAAUACCAGCGUCUGCUUCGGCAGAAAGCACAGCAUUACACAGAGUCUUUGUGAAAGCUUUGCUAAUGGAGCAUUUACUGAUGAAAUAAACCAAAUAUCUCGCAGUAUCAUUCACUGUAGACAUUUAGAAUGUAAUAAUGAUUGCUGAUAUUUUUUUCCACUUCGAGCCCUGCUGCUUACAGUCUGUGUUGUCCUUAGUCAGUGUGGAGUCACGUAACCCAUCCAUGGGGAGAUGUAUAGUCAGGUAUGUGAGGCAUGCUCCUUAAACAUGGGUUCCGAAAGUUCAAACGGGUACAACGUUCCCUCACAGCUGCUCUCGUAAAAACAAAAAUGAAACUGCUGAGUGCUGAAGAAUUAGAGCCCAGUGAGUUCAGACACCUCGGGGCACCACGAACUCACAGGGUUCACCUCAGAAAUGAAUCCUUUUGUGUGUCCAAAGAUCGAAGAUGAAAAAAAGAGAUGGAAUCAGCGACCAGUGGCCUCUGUCUACCCCCGGCCCAGAAAACAGAUCGAUAGCGCCUGGCUGUUAUUCAGUACAGUAAUGGUGCCGAUGUGAGGGUCCUGGGACAGAGGAUGUUGUAUAUGUACAGAUUGUAAAGCCCUCUGAGGCAUUUGUGAUUUGUGAUUUUGGGCUAUAAAAAAUACAUUGAACGACGUUGGACGUAUUCUAUAAGAGGAUGAAACCUGUGGACUGAUUGUCUUUUUUCUUUACCACAUACUGUAUUACACUGUAAACAUAUGAGGAAUUCAGAGUGCUCAUCCUCAGCAGUGACAUAAGCACUUUCCAUGUCUCUAUUGGGCACAUCAUCCCUGAUUCACCAUCCCCAACAUGCGUGCUUCCUGCUAAGCUGACCCACUUGUGUUCAUACCAUGUGCUGUGAGGCUUAUGCAACAAACCGCUGCUAGCACAAGCUGUGGCACGCCAGCCUGCUGGGCUAUUAUUAGAGCACAGCGCCGAGCUCAAGCUGGACGCACAUCUACAGGUAGGGGAGACGCUCAGGGUGUCUAGUGGGGUUGUCGUUUGGCUGCAGGUGGGUGUGGAUGCAGUGACUUCGUUGUACGUAUAAUGUGAGAUGGAGACAGCUCAUGUGACACACGUAGCAAUGAACGGGCAGUGGCAGCUUCACUCGAGGGAAUUGUUGUUUUCGCUCUUCUCCUGACUGGCUUCAACAUCGAUUUACAGACAACUGUGCCACCUGCCAAGUAUUUUUUGAAAGUGCCCGCCCUUUUCCAAACGGUUUCCAAUGAUUCCAAUGAACAAACCAGGCGUGUCAGGUUACCAACACACAUGGAUAGCAUAGGGCUGCGCUAUAUAUCAAUAUUAUAUCAACAUUGUGACACUAGACAGGAUAUUGUUUGAGUGGUUGGAUACGGUAACAUGCCAUAAGUCUUGUCUUUUGCUGCAUUACAGUGGCAUUACAAGUGAUGUCAUAUUCUGAACCCACGAAAUGUUAUUUUCCCCACUUUUUAUCCACAUCACUGAUAAUUCAUCAAAAAUGUCAGUAAGUGAGUCAACCGUACAAUAUAGAUAUGAAGGUAUUUGGUAUCUCAGAAACCCAAUGGUAGCCAACAAUGUUAUGAAAAGCUAUAGGACUGGAAAUGGGUCCUCAUUUGAAGAUUUCUGUCUUGUUGCUCCUUCUGUCUUGUUGCUCCGUGCUGACCUGUUCACACUUUGUGUC